AUGGUGGUUUCCAAUAAGAUGCAGAAAUCUGUUGUUGUUGCAGUGGAUAGACUAUUCUACCACAAAGUGUAUGAUCGUUAUGUCAAGCGCACCUCCAAAUUCAUGGCUCAUGAUGAGCACAACCUCUGUAACAUUGGUGACAAAGUUCGAUUGGAUUCUUCUAGGCCAUUGAGCAAGCGUAAACAUUGGAUUGUUGCUGAAAUUCUUAAGAAGGCACGGAUAUAUGUUCCACCCUCCACCCCAAUGACCAACAAUAUUAGCUCCAGCUCUGAAGCACCUGCUUCAUAA